AUGGCUGAAGAAAGCGUGAAGUUGUUUGGGAAUUGGGCAAGUCCUUCUACUCUAAGGGUUAAAUGGGCUCUGAAACUGAAGGGAAUCCAGUUCGAGUAUGUUGAAGAGGAUCUCUCAAACAAGAGUCCCUUGCUGUUGCGAUACAACCCAGUUCACCAAAAGGUUCCAGUUCUUGUACACAACGGUAGACCGUUAGCGGAAUCACUUCUCAUCAUUGAAUAUAUUGAUGAGAUAUGGAAACAUAAUCCUCUCCUCCCAGAAGAUCCCUAUGAAAGGGCCCAGGCACGCUUUUGGGCCAAAUUCUUCGACGAGGAGAUGUACUGUGUGCAUGCAUGUAUUGUUGUCGCCUGGAUUUAUGGAGAUAGUAAUUACGAGACUGCUGAAGCUCUUCUUCCUACACAGUAUCUGGCUGUGAGUCCGGGUACCACCAUUCUGGAUAAGCUGAAUCGGUAUCGAAUUGAGCAUUGA